UCUCGAUCAACUGCACCUUUCGUGUCAUUCAUGCCGCAGCCGAGUAGUGGAGGAGGCCAAAAAAAUGUGGCCUUCUGCACGCGACAAAGUCCAGCAGGUGGCCUCUGGCGCCCGUCGUGUCGCCUAUCUCCAGCUUCGUGAACACCUACCGGCCCGGCGACGAGGGUAUCAGUAUUGGAUUUUCGCACGUUUUGGUUGGAAUGAAUCUCUGGCGAAAUGCGUAUAUAUGAAGGAGCAUGGAACCCUCGUCCGCUGAUGGUCAAGAAUCCACAUCUGAUCAGAAUACGACGGUCAUCGGAUUGGAGCCUUUGCAAUUGCGAUCAGAACAGCCAUGUCGGUACUUUCUCCAAAACGAUUUGGAUCCAAGGUGAAGGCCAGACUGGGUCCUCAAUUUCACCUACGGGUGCCCUUUAGAACGGGAAUAUACGCGAACUUCCCACGAUGGAGCAAUCCUGACCUUGAUCCAGUGCCUCCAGAAGACAGAACAUGGGGAGGUAUUGACUAUUGGGCCUAUUGGACGAGUGACAUGUUGGCUCCACCUCUUGCCAGUGUUGUCAGCAGCGUCAUGUCUCUUGGCUUCACGGCACGAGAAACUAUCCCCAUUGUUUUCUUUGGCUUCUUCAUUUGCUCCUUCGUCAUUACUGCAACGGGCAAGAUGGGAGCAACGUAUGCUGUACCAUUUCCAGUCAUCACUCGCUCAAUCUUCGGCAUGUACGGCAGCUUCCCCAUCAUAUGCAUCAGAGCAUUCGUUGCCAUGAUGUGGACUGCUAUCCUCACCGUUCAGGCCGGUGAAUUUCUACAGCGCAUGUUGGAAGCUAUCUGGCCCAGCUUUAUCAACUUCCCCAAUCACUUGCCUGAGAAUGCGGGUAUCACUAGCGCCGGGCUUCUCUGCUUCAUGCUUUAUUGGAUCAUCCAAACGACGCUGUCACUUAUGCCAAUCAAGAAGUUACGCGUCUUGUUUUGGGUGAAAGGCGUGGUAGUGCCUCCAACUUUCUUGGCGCUUUUUUUGUGGGCCAUUAUUGUCACGCAUGGAGGAGGUCCAUAUGUCACUGGUCAUGCGAAGAUUACCAGCACGUACAUGAACACUGCCUACUCGGCGCUCACUGGCCUCAACGCUAUCAUUGGCCUUUUCAGUUCUAUGGCAGUCAACAUGCCCGACUUUGGCCGGUUCAGCAAAAAUCGCCUUGGAGGAUACCAUCAAUUCUUCGCCCUCCCAGUCAUUGGUACUCUUGGUGCCCUCACUCCAAUCUUCGUCACAAGCGCCCACGCCUACCUUUGGGGUAGCUUCCAAUGGUACAUGCCUGCAGUCAUCGCAAAGUUUGACUCUCGAGCAGCCAAAUUCUUUGUCUCCGCCAGUUUCAUGCUUGCCACGAUUGGCAAUCAGAUUGCUGCUGGCUCCUAUCCCUUCUCGAACGAUAUCACUGGUCUCGCGCCAAAGUAUGUCAACAUUUUCCGUGGGACCCUCUUCAUCUCAAUUUUUUGUGUUGUGUCUACUCCUUGGAACAUCAUCAAGAAUGCCGCGGGACUUCUCGCAUUCUUGUCAGGUUACUCUUGCUUGAUGGGUCCAAUCGCGGGCAUUAUGGUUUGUGACUAUUACAUCAUUAAGCAGCGCAAGCUUAAUCUCCACGAGAUGUACAGAGACCAUGGUAUUUACUGGUACACGGGCGGUUGGCACUGGAGACCAUUCGCUGCUUUCAUCAUUGCCGUGGCACCCCUCAUGCCUGGCUUCGCAAAGUCGAUCAAUGUCAACCUCAACGUUGGUGGAGCAUGGAAGAUCUACACUUUUGCCUGGAUCUUCGGCUUCUUCAUUGCCUUUACCUCCUAUUACACUAUCAACUACUUCUCACCCCAAACCGUUUCGCUCGUCGACGAAGCAAUCUACCCUCCGCAGCUAGGCGAGACGCUUACACCGCCUGUGUACGACGGCGAAGAGCCAAUUGAUGAGCUCAAAGACCCUGUGAUCACAAAGGAGAAAGAGAUUGUCUAAGUACAAGUCACAGAAUCAGAAGAGAGGAAGUAGAGUUCUAUAUUUACGGGGCUUGGAGAGUGCAGCACAUCUGAUGGGACUGGAGCACUGUCUUUCACGGAAUCUGUUUUUGAUACCAUAAUGUUGAGAAGCUGCAUAAGCCGCUUCAUUCUCAGAGACCUUCAGCCGACGGUGAUGGUAGAUGUGAAGGCUGAAGCACCGCUAAACUUUUGAAUGCCAAAUUGACGACCAAGAAUCAUUC